AUGCGAUUCAUCCUCAAUGACUUCUAUGGAGCUCAGAAUUACCCUGUUGUGAAGUACUUGCGAAGACCCUUGUAUUUUGAGGUAGAGCUCCUGUACAGCAGGGGUCCACAGGCUGAAUUGUUUUUGGAGAACUGCUGGGCAACCUAUUCUGCUGACAGGAAUAGCUCUCCCAAGUGGGAUGUUGUUGUGGACAGCUGUGAGAACUCUGCAGAUGAUUACUUGACCAUCUUUCACUCAGUUUCCAGCAAUGCAAAAGUGCUGUUCCCUUCCCAUGUGAAGAGGUUUGAAGUGAAAAUGUUUUCCUUCACAAGCGGCCAGGAUGCACUGAAAGGACAGAUUUACUUCCACUGCAGUGUUGUCAUAUGUGACUGGCCAUCAGACAGCCUCUGUAGCAGAUGGUGCAUUCCAGGAAAACAGAGGCUUGCUGCUCCAGCAGCGCCGACAGUGCUGCGUAAUCCAUAUCCCUCUUCCGACAACCACGUGUGA